CGUCACUUCACUGAAUCGAUUCUUUCGAGCAAAUUCCAUCUAAACGAAUCGAGCUUUGUGAUUUGUUUUCUCGGAGUGAGCAUCCAGAAACAUUGUGUUGGCUACAAUCCCUACCCUUAGAGUAACUCACUCACACUGGCCUGCAUGCUGUGAAUUCGGGUUAAAAAUAAAAAUAAAAUAAUAAAGAAUAGAAAUUUGCUUAGGAAUCGAUUCUUUCAGACUCCUUAAAGAUCCGGUUGUUUCAGGAGUCGACACAAUCAUCAGCGAAGCUGCAAAUGUGUGAGAGAAAGGGGGGGGGUCAGAUAGAUGUCAGCACCAGAGGAUUGUCAUGUCUUGACUUUGACGCGCUCGCGGUAGUAAAGUGUCUUGCGGUGUCGCGUGCUCAGUAAUGUUAUGCGUGGCUGCGCGCGCCGAACUGGUGCGGGGAAAUUGCGUGAGGACGCUCCGGAGCGGCUGCGCACUGCAGACUGGGCCGGUGCACGCACGGAGAGCUCCUAACACCAACCUCAAAAAGCCUGCCCUCUUCCUAUGCGCUUCCUCUGCAGCAUCCCACUGAUUGUUUGAUCGCUAGAUCAGCAGACAUCAUGAUGAAGAAUGAGAGUCUGUCUUUCCUUCCUAUACGCGUCUGAAACGUGAGUGAGUGAGGUGGGCCAUGCUCUUUCCAGAGCGUGGGGUGGUGGAGGAAUGGCUCUCAGAAUUCAAGACGUUACCUGAUGAUCUGAUCCCUGGCUAUACUUGCUGCCUGCGUCUGAAGAAGGGUCUGGUACCUGCACUAUAUGCUGUUAUACAGGAGCAGCCCAGCAGUGAGCUUUUGGCUCCAGUGUGUCACCAGCUGUUUGAACUCUACCGGAGCACAGAGGUGGGACUACGCCGCUUCACACUGCAGUUCCUACCAGAGCUGAUCUGGGUGUACCUGCACCACGCUGCCAGCAGGGAGCGCCACCGCAAUGGCUGUGUAGAGGCUCUAUUGCUGGGCAUUUAUAACCUGGAGAUUGUGGACAGUAAUGGUAACAGCAAGCUUUUGUCCUUCACCAUACCCUCUCUCUCUAAACCUUCCAUAUACCAUGAGCCCUCCAGUCUGGGCUCUAUGGCUCUGACAGAAGGAGCGCUUAGCCAACACGACCUGAUCAGAGUGGUGUACAGCGGCCUGCUGCCCCAGAGAGAGACUUUUACUUCCCAAAACAGGUUUGAGGUGCUGUCUUUCCUUAUGCUCUGCUACAACUCUGCUGUGGUGUACAUGCCAGCUUCCUCCCAUCAAUCAGUCUGCAGAAUGAGCUCGCGACUGUGUGUAUGUGGUUACCCACGUCAGCAGCAGAAGUUGUGGAGAGAUUCGUGCAACCGUGUGCGUCUGGAUCCGGAGUUCAUGGUGCAGAUGCUGACUGCAGUUUAUCAUGCCAUCUACAAUGGCCAAUGGGAACUCGGAAGAGAAGCUUUGGAGGACAUCUUGUAUAGAGCGCAACUAGAGCUAUAUGCCAAGCCAUUACUAGUAGCAAAUGCUAUGAGAUGUUCUCUGCCACCUCGACCACCGCAGGGCACACGGAAUCUUCUGGAGUUUGAAGCUACACCCACAAACAAACGCGUCUCUCAGACAGCCAUCACUGCUGCAUCCAUCCGCAGACUCCGCUGGAAACGAGAGGAUGCUGAUGGUGGGAGCUGCGGUGAGGACUCAUUUGACCCAGAUGAGGGCUUUUCCUCUGGGGCCUCCAGCAGUAGCCAGCCCAGCAGUAUGAAGAGGGACCGGGUUGCAGGAGUGCGUCUGUCCCGGAACCGAGCAGUGUCGCAGAAAGAGAAAACAUCUGUCGAGACCAGAGCUGCUUUAUGCAUGCACCACCAACACCACCAAUCGCCUCCUCCAGCCAUCACACUCCGCACUGCUGAGAGCAGCAGAAGCCCCAGCCCCAGCAUGGCCAGGAGGUUCCUUGACCCACAUUACCUUCCCCCAUUCAUUGGUCCUCCAGCCCGAACUGCUAGCACAUCUUCCAGUAAAUCCUUGGACUGUACUGGUUUCAAUGGCUCAUCUGGUGCCACAGAUAGCUUGUCGUUUGGGAGCCUGAAUGCAGAUAGGGCUCACUGUUUGUCAGCUAUCAGCCUGCAGGAAAUGCAACUAAGGCAUGCAUCAAGAAGCCAAGAUCUGCUCUCGCCUGGAAGUCCAUUUUCCUCUUCAAGCCCACUGUCCAAACAGUCUCGCUCAUCCAGUUUUAAUAUGCAGAUUAUAUCACAAGUAUAGACAAAUCUGUGUGUAUGUGUGUGUGUGUGUGUGUGUGUGUGUGUGUGUGUGUAUUGACUGAAAUAUUGUGCAUGUGUAUGAGCAUGUCUUUGUAUAUAUUAUAUGGUUGUAGCAUAUGUGUGUAUGAGAAAGAAAGUGUGUAUGUCUGUGUGUGUGCAUGUUUGUGUACAUAAAGUGUAUAAUUUACAAUGACACCAUUAUGCAUUGGCAGUUUUUGCAGAAGAAAUAAGUGUUUUGCACUGUACUUCCCCUUGUGGACAUGUGAUCCAGAGGUGCAUAUAAUGUGCCAUAACAUAUGUGGAGAGGAAUACCAAUUCAAAAUCCUGCUGUAUCUUAACAAUAGUCUCAAGAACUGACAAUCAUAUGAAUUAAAUGAUGAGUGGCCUGACAAUGCAUGAGCCAAAGAAUCAAAUGUGUGAGACUUGAAGAGGUAAUAAAGAAGCUGCUUGAAUUUAAUUGCUGUAAAUGCUAUAGACUGAGCCUGCUUGUGUUGCCUGCGCUACUGAUCCAUUCAGUGCAACUGAAAUGUGCAGAGCCUCAAAGAAUUCACGGAAAUGCUACAUUGUGUAAUAAACGAUAUAGAUUAUAUUCAUUGAAGCAAGUUUAUAUCUCACAAAUGUGUACAUUUAUGUAAAUGAAUAUUGUAAGAUAGGAAGAGUUAUAUCCUGUGAGAAUAUCUCUAUAUUGGUUGUACAGAGUUCAAGAUUUAUCUGUUCGAUGGUGAAUAAAAACAUUGUGGCGAUCA